AAAUUAACGUUGACCACUAAACCACCAUAACAAAGAUAUGUGUACAACCGAGGAAUAUUUUGUGUUGGAUCCGAGAGAAGCCACAUUCUCGGAUCUCGCACGUCUUCUCUUCUCUUCGGAUCUCAAGAACAGAAGGUUCAUCGAUUCUUCUGAAGAGAAGCUUGAGGAUGAUCUUUGCAGAUUCCGGCGACGGUGGAUCAUCUUUGUAUCCAUCGUUAUUCAAAAACUCAUGACUCUUCUAAGGAAACCUCUCUACUAUUUGGGAUUCUAUCUUUCUUUUUGGUUGAAUCUUCUUUCUUCCAAUGGUGGCUUCUUUAAGAUCCUCCCAAAUCUUUUCAAAGGAAAGAUUAUCUGGCCGGAAAAAACAUCAGCGACAUUUGCAUCUUUAGUCGCAAACCUAGACCGGCGAGUAGAGCUAGACGGGAGAAUUGAGAGAGGAAGUAAAAGAUACAAAGCAAUGUUGUCAGUUAUGGCUUCUAAGCUUUCUUACGAGAACACAAACUUUGUCAGCUCUGUUCUUCACAACCACUGGAAGAUGGAUUUAUUGGGUUUCUACAAUUGUUGGAAUGAUUACCAGAAACAGAAGUCAACGGAGGUGAUUGUUAUAAAAGACACAAGCACGUAUCCGAACCUCAUCGUCGUCAGUUUCAGAGGCACCGAUCCUUUUGACUCCGAUGACUGGUGUACCGACUUUGAUCUUUCCUGGUACCAGAUUAAGAAUGUGGGAAAAGUCCAUGGUGGAUUCAUGAAAGCUUUAGGCCUUCAAAAAGAAGGAUGGCCUAAAGAAAUAAUAUUUGACCAAACCCAAACAACUCAAUAUGCAUACUACACUAUUAUGCAUCACUUAAAAGAGAUCAUCGAACAAAACCCGUCAUCCAAAUUUAUCCUGACCGGACAUAGCUUAGGUGGAGCCCUAGCGAUCCUAUUCACGGCUGUAUUAAUGAUGCAUGAGGAAGAGCAGAUGCUAGACAAGCUCGAAGGAGUUUACACAUUUGGGCAGCCCCGCGUAGGAGACGAGGAGUUUGGAAAGUUCAUGAAAGCUUCAUUGGAGAAGUACGAGGUCAUGUAUGAAAGAUACGUGUAUUGCAAUGACAUGGUUCCUAGGUUGCCUUUUGACGACAAGACACUCAUGUUCAAACACUUUGGGGCAUGCCUUUACUAUGACAGUUUUUAUAGAGGAAAGGUAGAGCAAGAGGAGCCGAAUAAAAAUUACUUUAAUAUGUUAUGGGCGAUACCCAAGAUUAUGAACGCAGUGUGGGAGUUGAUGAGGAGUUUCAUCAUACCUUAUUGGAAAGGUGAAGAAUACAGAGAAGGAUGGUUCUUGAAGUGUUUUAGGCUUGUUGCAUUGUUAAUUCCGGGACUACCUGCUCACGCUCCUAAUGAGUAUGUCAAUGCUACACUACUCGGAAACUUACCUGACCUGCACCUUGACUAG